GUUGGUUCUACGCCCGGUACCGCCCCCCAGUAAAUCCAUGGGGCUGCGGUUACUUUGCUCCUUACCUAGUCCAACUGACAAUGCCUGCGGAUUGUCAACGCCUUGGAAACUGGUGGAAAGUGGCGCGAUUGUUGAUUCCUUCUUCGCUCUUUUUUUUUCGUAUCCUUUGUUUUGGCCCAAGGGCCGAGGGACACGGUUUAACGCUCCUGCGUGGAGUUAAUCGGGCAAUCAAAACAACAACAGGAGGAGUCAGGAGUCAGAGGCCAACAUGGGCAAGGCGGGCGCCGGCAAGGGUCGUUCGCCAACACCGACACCCAGUCGUCAGGAUGGUGGGGCAACCACUGGCGGUGGUGGUGGUGGUGGUGGUGGUGGUGGUGGUGCAGCGGCACCCACAGCAACUGGAGGCACCACUGGCGCCGGCAGAUCCACACUACAUGCCAACAAAACGAUACUGAAAACGGUAUCCGUGUUCCUUGCCAGCGGCAAGCGCAACUCGAGUAACCAACAGUCGAAGGCCGCCGCGGCUGCCUUGCAGAACAAACGGCAACAGCGGCAACGGAGGAUGGAUGAGCUGAGCGGCAAAGUGAAUCCCAAGCUGCUGGACAGCCUACGAAAGAAGACCCGCUUCACCAAGGACGAGCUGGAUGCCUUGUGCCGCAUCUAUCGCAAACUGGUGUCCAAUUGUCAAUAUGCCGCAAAGACUUUGGCCUCCAGCUCCUCGAGUGCAGCGAUUGCUAAGCCACAUGCCGCUGUGGAGGGAAUCGAUCGCAUUGUGUUCCGUGAGCUAUUGCACAGCACCUUUGACAUCGUCACCGAGGAAAUCCUGAUGGAGCGCAUCUUUUGCAGCUGGGACAAGGCCCACGAGGGUUUGCCCCUUCGCCUUGAGGGUUGGCUCAUUGGACUUUCAACAUUUCUAAGAGGCACUCCUGCGGAAAGGGCUGCCUUUUGCUUUCGGGUUUACGACCUUAACACUGAUGGUUUUAUUACCAAGGAUGAGAUGUUCACGUUGCUGCGAAACUGCCUGAUCAAACAGCCACAGGACGAAGAUCCGGACGAGGGGGUCAAGGAUCUGGUGGAGAUUGUGCUCAAGAAGUUCGAUCUGGAUAAGGACGGCAAGGUAUCCCUGGAGGACUUCAUGGGCACCGUCACAGCCGAACCGUUGUUAAUCGAGGCCUUUGGUCAGUGUCUUCCCACGGACAGCGCCGUGGUUUCUUUCUUCUCAACGCUGCAGGUGUGAUCUGCAUCUGGUUCUAUAGUACCCUUGAAUUUGUUAUAUCUAUCAUCUAUUAAGUAUAAUAAAAAUAAACGUUGA